AUGCCCUCAACACAAGCUUCGUCCGGCGUCCAGACGUCCACCAUUGUCCUCGCGACUCUCGGCACCGUCACCACCGCCGCCCUCGCAUACGCCGUCUACUUCGACUACAAGAGACGAUCUGACCCCGCCUUCCGUCGCUCGCUCAAGCGCCAGCAGAAGCAGGUCUCCAAGGCCGCCAAAGACGAGGCUGUUGCCGCCGAGAAGGGCCAGAAGGAAAAGCUUCGCCAGGUCGUCGACGACGCCAACAAUGAGGGUUUCCCUUCCGACCCCGAGAAGACCGAGGAGUACUUCAUGACCGAGGUCGCUCGUGGUGAGCAGAUGUGCCAGGACGGUUCCGACCCCGUCGACGCCGCUUUGUGCUUCUACAAGGCCCUCAAGGUCUACCCCCAGCCUAGAGAGCUCAUCAACAUCUACGACAAGACUGUCCCCAAGCCCAUCCUCGACAUCCUUGCCGAGAUGAUCGCCGUCGACAGCAGCAUAAACGUCUCCGAACAGGCUGCUCCCGAGUCCGAGCCCGUCGAGUAA